AUGUCGACGUCUAACAAGGGAAAGAAGCCCGCCGGCAAGUCCGCCAUCGAUCAGGUCGUGGCCCGCGAGUACACCAUCCACCUCCACAAGAGACUGCACGGCGUUUCCUUCAAGAAGAGAGCUCCCCGCGCCAUCAAGGAGAUCAAGGCUUUCGCGACUCACGCUAUGGGAACCACCGACGUCCGUGUCGACCCCCAACUGAACAAGAAGGUCUGGGAAUGCGGUAUCAAGGGUGUCCCGUACAGAAUGCGCAUCCGCAUCAGCCGCAGACGAAACGACGAGGAGGACGCCAAGGAGAAGCUCUACAGCUACGUCCAGGCCGUCAACGUCAAGAACCCCAAGGGUCUCGUGACGGCUAUUGUCGAGGAGUAG